UUGACAGAAAACAUGCAUCCUCUUCUCGGAAAAGCUCUGUUACGCGUUGUACUCUUCUACGGAUACGGUUUGCUGGUUGCCUGGAUUUUCACACUAAUUGAAAGUCAAGAGGAGACAAGACAACUCAAAAUGAAAAGAAUCUUUCAGGAACUGAGAACGGAAAUUACUCUUAAAUAUAAGGUCAAUAUGUCAGAUAUAGACUUUGAGAGUUUUGUAAGAAAAGCAUCCACAGGGGUGACAGCUGGAGAGGAACUUGACUGGACUUUCCUGAACAGUUGUGCCUACGUUUUUGCAGCUCUUACGACAAUAGGUUACGGACAUAUCACGCCUAAGACAUCCCUUGGGCAAGGAGUAACCAUCAUCACCUGCCUGCUUGGUAUUCCUAUCGCUAUGUUGGCAUUUAAAACAUUGGGAGAGCUGUGCGCAACGUUCUUUACGUUUCUUGUAAUCAAGACAGAGACCAUUGCACUCAGAAGGACUGAACUGAAACACUUGAAAAAGAAAACAUUUUUUGUGGCAUGCUUACUUUUGAUUGUUUUGAUAACACUGGCUAGCGUUUCAACAAUUUUUCUCGAACAUUGGACCUUCAUGGAAGGCUUGUACGCGUGGUUUACAACAUUCACCACGAUUGGUUUCGGAGACUACGUGCUGUUUAGAUCGUAUUCCAUAAAGUUAGCUCAGGGAGAUAUCUCCACAACGAGUUUAUUGCUUAAAGGCCUAACCUUUGCUGUACCAUAUGUCGUUGGUCUCAGCCUCAUGUCAUGUAUUUUGACCUGUCUUGUGGACUCUGUGGAUCAAAUUCGCCAUUUUCGUGAUCGUUGCUGGAGUUGCUGUCCAAGUUUGAUUUUCCAUGUAAAACGCGUCUUCUGUCAUAAUGUUGCGCAAAGUGAUAUAUCUGAAGGAAGAAAUCAUGAAGAAAAUGAAUCAUGCCAUGUGUAA